CUCACAACAAAUCUUCUGUAUAAAUACUAAGCCACCAUUAUGGUUGUCUUCAUCAACUCUAGUGAGAGAUAGGAAGAGAUUUAUAUUAUAGAGAGAAUUUAAAAGGGGUUUCUCUAGAACCCUCUUUACAUAUCUUUAUAUAUAUCUUGAACGUAACUCCUCAUCUUAGCUAUAGCUAGCUAGCAAGAUCAAUAUAUAGUGCUUAAUCAUUGAAGAUAUUUUUGUUGUUUGAAUUGGGAGGAGCUUAAUUAGCUAGCUAGCUUUUGUGUUCCUAACAAAAACUUACAAGAUGGCUCUCUUUGAUCUUCACCACCCUUGGGUCCUUGUGUUUGGAAUCCUUGGUAACAUUGUAUCAUUCUUUGUAUUCUUAGCGCCGGUACCCACAUUUAUUCGAAUCCACAAAGCAAAAUCAACGAUGGGUUACCAAUCCCUACCAUAUGUUGUGUCCUUAUUUUCUGCCAUGCUGUGGAUGUACUAUGCUUUCCUCAAGAAGAACGCUCCUCUACUCAUUUCCAUCAACUCCAUUGGAUGUGUCAUUGAAACUCUUUACAUCUCGAUUUUUCUUGCUUAUGCUUCCAAAAAUGUUAAGCGUCAGACCGUGAAGAUGUUGUUUCUAUUGGUGGGAGGGCUGUAUAGUGCGAUUUUGCUGGUCACUAUGUUUCCGUUGAAAGGCAACCUUCGAGUCAGCGUUGUCGGAUGGAUUUGCGUGGCUUUCUCUGUCUGCGUUUUUGCAGCUCCCCUCAGUAUAUUGUUUCAAGUGGUCAAAACGAAAAGCGUCGAGUAUAUGCCAUUCAACUUGUCAUUCUUCCUCACUUUGACUGCUGUCAUGUGGUUUGGUUACGGCUUACUUUUGAAGGACAUGUGCAUUGCUAUACCCAACGUGUUGGGAUUUGGUUUGGGAAUGAUACAAAUGGUGUUGUAUGGAAUCUACAAAAACAAGAAGCCGGCUGAGAUGGUGGACCACAAAAAGGGCAGCUUGCCGGAUCACGUCAUAAACGUGGCGGCGCCACCGGAAACAUGCGACCAAGAGCUCCAUUCUCUGGAUUCUAAGAGCCAAGAGAAAUGCACGACGACGCCUAUCAUCGGUACUGCGCCGCCGGGUCUACCGCCGCCGAUAAUCCCAAACAUUGAUGAAAACGCAUUAGCCCAACUCCACGGCCAUUUGGGCGAGCAGCUGCCGGUCGCCGUCGUGUGCGCGGCUUGAAAGUUUAUUAUUUAUUCGUUCAUUUCCGUUGAUAUAUGAUGAUGUACCAAUAGCACUAGCUAGCUUGUUAUUAGCAUAUAUGUAUACAAUAAGCUAUAUGGAGUUUUUUGGGGGUUUAUCAUACCUUUUGUUAAAUUAUGACGUUACGUACGUUAAUUUGUUACAAGCUUUGUACGAUAAUGACGUUACGUAGUAUUUAUCUAUAAUCCUAGUUAUAUAUUGUUAGAAUUUUGUUCAUUUUGACCUCCUCGCAGUAUUUCUAUGUAAUUAAACUUAAGCGCACAAAUAAAUAUAAUGGAGCUAGAGUUUGAAUUUUUA